UCUGGUUAGAUCGGCUCCGACCAAAUCCAGACUGCGAGAGCGCUCCGAGCACAGGGCACAAGCGGACGUCGGACAGCUGCUGACCGCACAUUUACAGUAUUGUUUCUGGCCGUCACAACAAGAAGAUGCCACUGGAUGAGGAUUGCCCUGACUGGAAAAAGAAGACUGCAGACGUGAAAGAGAAAUAUGACUUCAAAGAGACACUGGGAACGGGGGCUUUCUCUGAGGUGGUCUUGGCUGAGGAGAAGAGGACCCACAAAUUGGUGGCUAUCAAGUGUAUUCCCAAAAAAGCAUUAGAAGGAAAGGAAAACAGCAUUGAGAAUGAGAUAGCAGUCCUGCACAAGAUUAAACACCAUAACAUUGUAACUCUGGAAGACAUAUUUGAGAGUAAAUCGCACCUCUACCUUGUCAUGCAACUGGUAUCUGGCGGGGAACUCUUCGAUCGUAUCAUAGAGAAGGGUUUUUACACAGAGAAGGACGCCAGCAAGCUCAUUCAGCAGAUUCUGGAUGCUGUCAAAUACCUCCAUGGCAUGGGCGUCGUGCACCGCGACCUCAAGCCAGAGAACCUGCUGUACUACAGCAUGGACGAAGACUCCAAAAUCAUGAUCAGUGACUUUGGUCUGUCCAAAAUCGAGGGAUCUGGCAGUGUGAUGUCAACAGCCUGUGGAACACCGGGAUAUGUUGCGCCUGAAGUUUUGGCACAGAAACCUUACAGUAAAGCAGUGGACUGCUGGUCAAUCGGUGUCAUAGCCUAUAUCCUGCUGUGUGGAUAUCCUCCGUUCUACGACGAGAAUGAUGCCAAACUGUUUGAACAGAUUCUGAAAGCAGACUAUGAAUUUGAUUCUCCUUACUGGGAUGACAUCUCUGAUUCAGCUAAAGACUUCAUAGUGCAUCUAAUGGAGAAAGAUCCUGACACACGUUACACCUGUGACCAGGCCCUGCAGCACCCGUGGAUCGCGGAGGAUACUGCCCUGGACAAGAACAUUCACGAGUCUGUCAGUGCUCAGAUCAAGAAAAACUUUGCAAAGAGCAAGUGGAAGCAAGCAUUUAACGCCACUGCCGUCAUACGCCACAUGAGGCGUCUUCAGCUGAGCACUGGUAGUGAAGGGUCCAACCCCAGUCCAUGCCAAAAUCAGGAAAACGCAGAGGCGUGCUGUGAAGGGGGUUGCUCCCAGAACGUGGACAGUGGAUCGGACCAACUGUCUAAUUGCACCUACCGUUGCCACCCAGCCAGCAGCGUCUGAUCUGUAGCCCACUUCAUGCCCCUGUGUUUGAAUCCUGAGCAACUUUCCAAUUUUGACCCCCUCGGUGCAACCAGAGGUACCAUCUCCCCCCUUAUCUGGCUAGGAAUACAGUGUCAUUCCAACCUGUCGCCUGCAGGGGGAGCAAGCCUGUCGAGCCUGAGAGGGAAGCUAUAAAAAGGGUUGAAAAGGAGGUGAAGGGAGACUUGAAAUGAAUGAUGAUGGACCUGAGCGUAUUAUUUUUUGGAAGGAGUUGAAGUGGAUACCAAGGAAGGAGGGGAAGACAGCUUCCACCUUCUUGCCAGGGAAAUAGUUUUUUUCAGAAGCAGGACAAAGCAUGUUGGACAUUGCUUUUAUACUAGCUUUUGUUUUUUUCUUUUUCUCAACUGUGUCUUUGUCGGUUUCAAUGUUUUGUAUAUUUUUUGUGUGUGUUGUUUUAUUAGAUUUUGAAGUCCAAAUCCAGAAAAAAGGUUUCUACAUGACAAGGAGAUAAGGAGGACAUUGCAUGUUUUAUCCUGAAAAUGUGUUGCAGAAACGUCGCAGUACAUCAGAGAAAUGGGGCAUUUUGAUCGUUUUUAGGGCACGAGUAGAAAAAAAGUGAGUCAAAUCUUGUGAUAUUACAGAUUUGCAUUCUGUAUCUUUACAUCAUGCUUUUAGACAAUCACAGCAGUUUAUCCAAUUAAAUCUCAAUUUAUUUACUAUGUACCCUUUCCUGUGGCACUACAGUGUUUUCAUGCAGUGGUCGGGCUUUUUGAGGGGAAAAGCUUUCUCCUUUCCCUUUUUUCAACCCCAAACCCUUUUCACAAGAAGUUUAUUUUUGUCUAAGGUGCCUUUAGGUUAUAAAGUGUGACGGGUUUAUUGAUGAUAAGUAACUUUGAAAAGGUGUUUUUGCCCUAUAAUAUCUAAUUUUCUAUGUGUUACAUGUUAUCUUGAAAUUCUUUUAGGCUAUUUUUUUAUCCUAAAUUAAUAACUGUAUUCUCAGAUUGAAUAUAUGUGUGGAGUAAAGGAAGGUCAUUAUUAACUUCCAAUGUGAAAUAUGAAAUGUUGGAACAUAAUGUAAUGUAAAAAAAAAAUCUCUCGAGAGGUUAAAAAGUGGUAUUUACAUUUAUUAGUAAGCCCAACUUGCCUUGAGGCUAGAUUGAGAUACGAAGAUCCCAUAUAAAGUGAGGUACAAAAAAGUUGAUUAUGUGUCUGUUGCUGUGUGCUAUGACACCUUACUGGUACUCGCGGUUAUCAACAGUCUUCUCUUGAAAGCAUAUUUCGAUUACAUGUAUCCUUUUAAUGAGAACUAUUAUUAAAGACUGGGAAUAUGCUCUGUAUCCAUCUUAAUUUAGGCCCAAUAUUGAAUGAAUGCAUCAAAUUUAUAUUCAUCUAAUUGCUUUUUUCAUUCCUUCGACACCCUUUAAAAAAAGAGACACGCACACAUUGUUUUUAUUUCCCUUAAAAGAUUUUCCAGUGUGAAUUUAGUUCUGUUUCACAUGUUCAGGGGCUUCAUUUAUAAAAGAGUGCGUAAGAUCCAUACUAAAAGUACACGUGCGCCCAAAAGCCGAAAAUCCGGAUUUAUAAAACCGUGUGCACACACACUGGCACGCAAUGUUCGCUUUAUAAAUCACAUUCCAGCUGGAAGGUUGCGCAGGUGAAUUCCUCAUAUCCCGCCCUCUACACGCCCACUUUUUACCAUAAAUGGUGAAUGCAAAGCACCUGGCGACUGUAUUUGCAUAUAAAUGAACCUGCCGAUCAACGGUGUUUUACACUCAAAAAUCAUGGCAAGGAAGACCAGAAAGCGAAAUUUCCCGGAGACUGAGAUUGAGAUGUUGUGGAUGAGGUGGAGGCCAGGAAAACAACAUUAUUUGGUGGUCACAGUAAUGGCAUCACUAACAAAAAUAAAGCAAGUGAAUUGCCUGCCAGAAUCUGAUUUCUGGCCGCGGGAGCGCGCACAGCAGCCCGUUGAGCGAUAGCGCUGAGACGUCAGAUUUUCAGAUUAUGAAGCUUAAGAAUGAGAUCAAAUCAUAUUUAGGUAGAAACAACCUUUCAUUAACUGUAUUUGGCCUUCAAUUUUUGGUAGGUAAAAACACCCAUUUUCAGGGGAGAAAUCAGAUUCUGGCAGGCAAUCACUUUUUGGCACGACACCAGCCCGGCGUGUCCUGCACCGCGGACACGCCGUGCAGGUAGGAUGAUUUGACAGAUGAGAAUACCCCGUCAGAUCACGCUUCCACAUAGACAUCAACAUUUAUCUAUGUGGAAGCGUGAUCUCACAGGGUAUUUUCAUCUGUCAAAUCAUCCUACCUGCCAAUAUCUAUGUGGAAGCGUGAUUUGACAGGUUUUUUUCUUCCGCCGAAGCGUCGUGCACAUAGAUCUAUGUGGAAGCACAUUCUGACUUCCUGCUGUUAAAUCGUCUAUUUGCAUGAAAAAGCCUUUGAAAAAAAAGAAACUGAGAUAAAAGAAACGGGGAUCGUACUGUAGUAUUUUCUGCCGAGUUGUCCUACCUCGGCAGAACACCGGCUUGGGUGUACAUGGAUCUAUAAGUCUGAUAUGUGAUGACAUUAAGAGUAUGACAUGAAUCUGGCUUCAUUUCACCACCUCACCGCCUGCGUCGCCAGUUCCCCAUAUCUUCAAAAUGUUCGUGUGCGAGGGUCAGGGUUGGCAUAGAGAUACACACAUUUUUCGGUUAGUUUUUUUUAAAAAUCCCAACCUUUGCGUAGAAGGUGGCGUGUGCAUCUUUCAAGCCCUGUUUUGUGCGCAAGCAAGCUUUAUAAAUGAGGCCCCUGAUCUAGAGUUUCUGAUCGGAAAUGUAUUUGAAUAACCUGCGCUUCGUGAGUCUAGCCCGCUAACAGUGGCCUUCGUGACUCACUGCUCUGAGAGACAUCAAAGCUGGAUGUCUUUGUUCUGUCCUUGAAAUAAUCAGUUCACAUUCACAGUCUCCUCUAUCUGUUUCUGAUAUGGCUGUAUUUGCUACUGGCUGUUUAUAUUCGUUUGAUUCAGUAGGAUAUAUUUAUCUGAACUUUUAGCUUCGGACUAGUUUGAACUCCCAUCAUGCAGAGAAGUAAAGAGCAACAGAAAGUGUAUUCAUGUUUCAGCAGGUUAUAUAAACUUGAUUGUACAGCUUCAAAAAUUAGUUUUUCAGCUAAACUGUGCAGUUUUUCUACAGUAAUUGUUAAAAGUGUAGUUGGACAGUGAUGCACCUGGUGGCUACUAACUAUGAAGUGCAUUUAAGAAGAUUUUCUUUUUUCUUUUUCACAAAAAAAAAGUGUAAAAUUGUUUUCUCUGCCCAGAGUUACUAAUACAGACCAGAAGAAAGCACACGAAAGCUUGGAGGCAGCAGCUUUUAUUAUAACCAGCAGAUUCAAUAUUACAUCUGAUCUCCAGAUAUGAAAACAACUCAGCUUAUUUGACUCAUUGCAUGAAAUAAAAACCUUUCAUUGAACUUCUGCCCUGUGCACACUUAUUACAAUUCAUUUUGAUGGAUGUAUAUACAAUUUUGUUAACAUUCUUUCAACUUGUAUUGAAUCAGUGCAUUUAUUAACAAAAAUUAACUAUUUUAAAUGAUUUCCUAAAACCAUUACAAAAAACAUGUCAGAGUAAAAGAUUAGUGGUAUUAUAUGAGGGUUUGUAAUAAUGACCCAACAAAGCUGCCAAAACACUCUUUGAAUAUUUUUGCUUGGUUUUAUGCUGAUGCAAUCAAUAUUUUGAAUUUCCACAUCAAAGAAAAAGUGAUCCGGACAUAAAAAACCACAUCCCAUUACCUGAUCACUUGGCCUCUUUCUCAGAGGUGUUUAGCAGCACACAUGUUUCUAUCAUAAACUUUAGACUGCCUCGCUCUAAAGGGGAGAAAAACAACAAAAAAACAUGUAUAUGAAUGCUACUGACUCCGGCCUGGAGAGGAUGAUCAAUGUGUGGUGAGAUGUAUUGUACACAUGAGUAUUUGCACCAUAAAUACUGUCAUGUGCAAAAGUUAGUGCCCCUUCUUUAAAUCCCCACUGUCUAAAAACAGUGAAAAGCAUCUAAUUGUAGCGGGUCCUAGGUUUUAUUUGACAAAUAUUUAGACAAAAAACAUAUGUAACUAUUGUUACCAUGCCAUUAUUUAACAAAAAUGCAGCAAAGACAAACAAACUCCAGAGUACUUCCAUGAUGCAACAGCAUGUAGAUCCACCCUUAGCAACGAUAACUGGAAGUAGUUGUUUCCCGACUGAGUCCUUCCAACAAGCUGGACUCGCUCAGUCUUCUUCUAAUCGUGCUGUCAUGGACUUUGGCAUUUGAUAUGCUCAGUUAUGCAUGUGCUUAUGCUCGGAGGGUCUGAAAUGUAGAAACAGUCCAACGUCGGGGAACAUUUUCUGAGGCGUCCACUUCUGGGAAGACUGACCACUGUCUUGAAGGCUUUGGACUUGUAAAAAAAUCAUUUUCACUUUAAUGUGGAACUCCAGAUUGUUUGUGAAUGCCUUUCAUAACCCUUACCAUACAUAUGUGCAAAAACAUUUGCUUCUCUAAAGCUACUUUCACACAGCAAUCGUGCUAUAAAUACACACUUCAUUUUGCCUCCAUUAAGUUGUGUAGUCACAGUUAUCCCACAAGUACAAUAUUCCGUGUGUUCUGUCACAGAGCAUUACAGUCUCACACGAUCUAAAGUUUAUGAUUCACAGUCAGCAACAAGUCUCUAAUGUCUUUGGUCUGCUUCUACUCGCCUUAGGCUUCUACUUGUUGCUGAAAAACAAACAAACAGACAGUGAUAUAAAAUGAAGUUUCUAAAAACGUUGUCACAUAGCCCUGCUGUGUCCCAGUGGACAGGAACGAGUUCAUCCUCUGUGUCCUCGCUCCCCUGAUACCCCAUUCUGCAAUUCCAGUUCCCACAGCACUCAUUCAGCAUUUUUUACACCUUUUACUACUUCCCAAUAUGGUAAAACGGCAAAAUCAAAUGUUUUGCCGUAGAACAACCAAGCACAGUAGAACAAACUGGCUGCAUGAUGCGCGUAUGCGUUCCUUACGUCUCACGUCUUUUGCUGCUGGGAUUCUGUUCACACAUGCCUGAAUAAUUGAUUGUUUUAUAUAGGUCAGAACACCGGGUCAUCAGUUCAUCAAAGCUUGCUGAUUAUCCUCACCUGGCUGCAGCCAGGUGGAAGCAUAAUCUUAUGGAAGCAUAAUGGGGGUACUUUAUAAUGGUAGUAGUAGUAAUAAUAAUAUUAAUGGCUUAAUUUUGAUUGGAUAAAUAAUGGUGUGAUUUAAAUAGUUAGAUGUUGCCCUUACAAUUAUCAGAUUUUUUUCUCUUUAUUUUAAACAAACAAACAUCAUUUGAAGAUGGGUACUAACUUUUGUAGGUCAGUGCAACUUGCUUUAUAGUAAAUGCUAUUGGGGGCUUCUGUACGCGCUGUUUACGCAAAUAAAUUGCAUCAUGAGAUGUUGAAAAGUUGCUGCUGCUUAGUGUGAAAGCUAGUGGCUUGGAGUAUUUUCUGCCUGCUUGAAACACAUUUGUCAGUAACAUAUUAAAUCUCCUUCUAUGCAUUCA